UUUUAAAGCUUGGACCGGAAGUGAUACGUUCAGUGUGACUACACUGACGGUGUUGUGAUAACGAGGUGCAGCUGCGCUAGUUGGGAGGUGGACGUUACGGAGAGGACAGGACACAGAGCCGAGCAGGAGCCAGCGGACAGCAUCCAUGGCCUCGGUGCCUGACGAGUGAAGGAUGGGCUCCACGGUUUCAGAGCCAUGGCCAGAUCCACCAACAGAACCGCCGGGGAAGGGGACUCAAGGGUAACCGCCCCUACAGACCGCGCAGAUGGACGGGACCUGGCCGAGCCCCGGGAACUGUCUCUGGAGGAGGUGCUGAAGUCCUACGAGCAGCCCAUCAACGAGGAGCAGGCAUGGGCGGUGUGUUACCAGUGCUGCAGCGCGUUGAGGGUGCCCCGCCCGACGGCUUGGAGAGUCUGCCUUGUGAAGGACCCGUCCUCCAUCCUCCUGCACAGGGACGGGACUGUGUCACUACGGCCGGGGCCCCUAGGCAACGAUGACACUGAUGAGCCUCCUACCUCACCUACCACAGAGCGCCAGCUGGUCCAGUCGCUGGGUGUGGCCAUCUACCGCGCUCUGGACUGGGGACUGGACGAGAGUGAGGAGCGGGAGCUUAGCCCGCAGCUGGAGCGCCUCAUCGAACGCAUGGCUGGGGGGGAACAGGGUGGCGAGAACAACAGCACCGCUGGGAAUGGCACCACAGACGAGGGGUACAGUGGCCAGGAGGAGGAGGAGGAGGAAGAGGAGCAGGAGGGCGUUAUCAAGCCGGUGUGUACCUUCCGCCAGGUGAUGGCUCUGUGUGCGUCACGGCUGGCCAACCCAAGCUUGGCUCCAGAGCACUACCAGGCAGUCUGCAGGGCUCUGUUUGUUGAGACUCUUGAGCUGCAGACCUUCCUCAUCAAGAUCAGAGAUGCUAAGCAGAUGCUGAAGAAGAUCACAACAGAGGAAGCUCUGGAGGACAGGUCUACAGCUGAGCUUGAUGCACUGAAACACAGAGACUGGGCACGUCUGUGGGUGCAACUGAUGAAGGAGCUCAGGCAGGGAGUGAAGCUAAAGAAGGUGCAGGAGCAGCCGUUCAACCCGCUGCCCACAGAAUUCAGCCUCACACCCUUUGAGAUGCUGAUGCAGGACAUACGAGCUCGCAAGUUCCAACUACGCAAAGUCAUGGUGGGUGGGGACAUUCCUACCAGAGUGAAGAGAAAUGCUCAUGAGCUGAUACUGGAUUUCAUCAGAUCAAGACCUCCACUUAAACCAGUUUCAGAGCGCAGCCUCCCCCCUCCUCCCCCACAGCAGCCGUGCCUCCAUGACCAGGUUCUGGCUGAGAUCAAGCAGGAGAGGAAGCUCAGGCCUGUGGUCCUGCCCAGCUCUAGACCAUUUGGCUCCCUGCCCUGCCUGGCUCAGACUUGUCCUUGUAAUGUCAAAUCGACUUCGUGCAUUGACCUGUCCAUGUCGGAGCCUGGGCCAAGAACAUCAUCUCGUCCUCGGAUCCUGCUCAAGGCUCCGACUCUGGCAGAAAUGGAGGAGAUGAACAUAUUUGAGGAGGAGGAUUCCCCAGAUGGGGAGCUGAGGAGGGCCGAGAGCUCUCCCACACCUCUGAAAAGAGAUCGCUCCUUCUCAGAGCACGACCUGGCCAUGCUCCGUGGCGAGAUGCUUCCUUCACUCUCUGAGUCAGCUCAGCUUGGCGGGGCUGUCAGGCUGAGGGGGGAGAGGCCUCGGUCCAGGACGCUGACCGGUGCCAGGCCACCUCCUAUUUACAGAGCUUCUUUCCCAGUUCACAGCUGGGUGCCACCCUCUCCAGCCCGCCUGUCUCUGAGUUCAGUCGACGAGACCACAGAGGGAUUAGAAACGACGUCUGGCUCCAGAGCUGGAGACGAGCACCAGUGGAUGGAGGAGUUCAGCCACCCUGUGGAGAGUCUUGCCUUAACAGUGGAUGAGGUCAUCAAUGUGCGUCGCGUGCUGGUCAAAGCAGAGAUGGAGAAGUUUCUUCAGAGUAAGGAGCUAUACAAUAACCUGAAGAAAGGCAAGGUUUGCUGCUGCUGCAGAGUAAAGUUCCCUCUCUUCUCAUGGCCAUCUACCUGCUUACUGUGUAAAAGAUCUGUCUGUAGCUCCUGCAGUGCAAAGAUGAAGAUUCCCUCGAAGAAAAUGGCCCAUAUUCCUGUGUACACUGUAGGCUUCCACAGCACUCCAAAGGGCCAUGGACAGAAAAGCCAAGUCUAUAAGUCGCUGCGCAGCUUAUCCCGCCGCUCGGUGGAGGAGGAGUUCCCCCACCUGUAUGCUCAUGGCUGCACGCUGCGUGAUAUCUGUGCCGAAUGCACCAAAUUCAUCGCAGAUGUCAUUUCCUCCAGUCGCCGGAGCCUGGACAUCCUCAACAACACUCCCAAGAGGGAGGCCAAAGCUGCUUCUGCUGCUGCUCAGAGACCACAGCUGCAACGUCAAUCCCACCUUGAGACUGGUCCUCAACCGGACCCUGAGUGUUACCCUCACCCUCGCCCCCAGCUCCCUCUCCAGUCCCAUCAUCAACAGCAGUGGCUUCAUGCGUCAUCCUCGUCUCCUUCGCCGCGGCUCCCCACCAAGUCCAUCAACAAUGUGAACCAAUGAGUAGACUGACGGACACUUUAUCCCUUUUUGCUGACACACACACUCCUUAAUGAGCUGUUCUCCUGCACUACACUGUGCACACACACAGGCACAGGAAAAAAGUGGGGUUCUUUAGGGGGUUCUAGUGGUUACAUGCACAUCAGUAAUGACUCAAAGAGCCAUCUGAUUGGUUCAAAUGAAUAUAAAUCAAAAAUCAUCACACAUAAUCUAGUGAGGAUCCUUCUUUUGAUACUGCAGGGUUGGAGUAUUAAAUAUGUUAUCAUUGAUGGUUAUGCUAUGAUAUGUAAACCUACAGAAACAUUGCCAGGAACUGUGUAGAACCCUUUUAAUGAGAAUCAAGCAACUCCAAACCAUCAGCACCUCACCCAUCAUCGAGUUCCUAACAACAUUAUCAUCCAUAUCUCACCAUCUCUCACAGCAGAUGUGCUCACACACACAAGCACAGACCCCCUCAUCACUCUAAGUCAAGCAACUCUGUCUGUAUCUGCCUUAUCUACAGCAUACACCAUGACUUCUCUCCUCGGUGCUCACAGCUGCUGGAAGGAAAGCAUAUGGGAGGAGGGGGCAGAGAGGACAGUGCGGGCGGUUGGGGUUAUCAUACACUGUGAGAGAGAGAAGGUGGAGGUGAGGUAGGGUGAGGGUUGUUUGAGGAGGGUAAAGGCUAUGCAGCAUAGAGUCAACAUGUAACCCCAGCAUUUUAGCUCUCUGUGGUUGCCUUGUUUUUGUCAUGAAUGUAAUUUAGAGACACAGAAAUAGAAUUGUGAAAUUAUAAGCUCGUACACAGCAUACCAACAUUUAUUUUUAAUCAUCCAAAAAGGGAUUUGUAACAAAUGGCUGCUGCAUAACGAAGACUCUUUUCCAGGCACAGCUGGAUAGGGUAUGAUAGCGGCGACACAGUGAAUGUAAAGGGGUGAAGCUGCAGACUGCACGUUUAACCGACGCAGCAUGAUGAUGCUGAUGUGAAGCGAGCAGAUCAAACUCCCGCCUCUCUCACUCCCCAUGGACGCUUGCAAUCUGCUCUGGUUUUGUAAACACUAAGUAAACCUCAACUGCAAUAAAAUCUAAUGACAAACACGA